CUUAUAAAGCACCAGGCUAUUGGUUUAUGUUGUAAAACAGCAAGGGUGUGUUUAUUUAUUUAGCCAAGUAGAAGAACGAGAACCAGGAGUCGGUGUUUCUGGGUGACCAGAAGAGGGUGUGUCAUUUGGAGGUGAAAGGUGAAAAGUAAAAGGUGAAGAGGGAAGAACCCGGCUGCAGGAAGAUGGCCGAGGGAGAACAGCAAACAGGCUCUCAUCAUGGGUAUGAGGUCCCCCCAUCUCUUGUCGGGCAUACCUUCAUUAUCCCAAAGAAGGAGAUUAACACUGUUCCUGACAUGGCCAAGUGGAAGUAUUCUCAGGCCUACGCUGAUUACAUGAGCUUCAUCCUCACCUUAAAUGAGGGCGUGAAGGGAAAGAAGCUCACUUGUGAAUAUCGGGUCUCAGAGACAAUCGAGAAGCUGAUGGCCCUGCUGGAUACCUUGGAUCAUUGGAUUGACGAGACACCCCCCGUGGAUCAGCCGUCCCGCUUCGGCAACAAGGCGUUUCGCACCUGGUACUCCAAGCUGGAUCAGGAAGCCGAGAAUCUCCUUUCCACAGUUAUCCCUCCACAGAUGAGUGCUGCCGUGCCCGAGGUGGCUGUGUAUCUGAAGGAAUCUGUAGGAAACUCAACCCGCAUUGAUUAUGGCACAGGGCACGAAGCUGCGUUUGCUGCCUUCCUGUGCUGCCUGUGUAAGAUCGGCGUUCUCCAGGUGGACGAUCAGCUCGCCAUUGUCUUCAAGGUGUUUAAUCGUUACCUUGAGGUCAUGCGAAAGCUGCAGAAGACCUACCGGAUGGAGCCUGCCGGCAGCCAAGGUGUCUGGGGCCUGGACGACUUCCAGUUUCUUCCUUUUAUAUGGGGCAGUGCUCAGCUUGUAGACCAUGCCACACUGGAGCCCAGACACUUUGUGGACGAGAAGGUGGUGAAUGAAAAUCACAAAGACUAUAUGUUUCUGGAGUGUAUCCUAUUUAUUACACAGAUGAAGACUGGCCCCUUCGCUGAACACUCCAAUCAGCUUUGGAAUAUCAGCGCUGUCCCUUCGUGGGCUAAAGUCAAUCAAGGCCUCAUCCGCAUGUACAAGGCAGAGUGUCUGGAGAAGUUUCCUGUGAUUCAGCACUUUAAAUUUGGCAGCCUGCUUCCCAUUCAGCCUGUUAAGUCCUAAGGAUCCAGGAGAAGGAAAGGAGAUCCCUCUGCUUCUAGAACCAAGCCCUCCCUGUCUGUACUCUCCUUCCCAGCUGUGAGGCCGCACAUCCUGUCAAGGUUCUCAUAUCUGUCGUGGAGAAAGGGUUUCUCCAUAGGGCCCUGUCACGUUUUAGGAGGAGAGCGGGUGGGAGAUUAAGUUAAUAUUUUGGCAUCAGACACAGCGCCUGGUGCCUCUCUGGUAUGGGGGAACUCUUGGGUAUCGUUGUGUUUAGCCGGACUGGUUACUUAAUAUGUUACAUUUUUGCACCAAGAUAGGCCUUUAAGUCCCCUCUGACAGAAGAUGAAACCAAAAUGACCAAUUUGGAGGUUGUUAGUUUAGGAUCUUCUGCCACAUGGUAAGUUGAAGCUCUGCACAAUGUAACAAUAGUUUUCCCCGCACUCUUCUGCCUGUGGUAACUUAUGAGGGUGAGGUGAAAGGAGACCUCCUGGUGGAGUCAUGGUGGUUUACUUAGUGUUCAUAUUCUUUUGAAGGUCCAUUGGGCUAUGGAGCCCUGCCUCCCUGUGCAGCUUAUAGGGUGUCUACCAAUAAAAUAUUUCAAGACUCUG